CUUGUUCUGCCGAGCCUUCGUUGACCGGAUGUUUAUGGGUGAGUUGAGCCGGAAGUUGCUGUUAUUGGUGCGGUUCAGGCUUGUGACCUGUGGAUGGAAAUUGCGGCCUGGAGAAUGAGUCCGGAGCGAGUCUUACCUGAACCCGAGGAUGAGCAACAGCAGCAGCCUCCGCAGGAAUUGGGCGCUGGCCCUGGUCCUGGCCCGGUUCCGGCCCAUUGGAGCAGUGAGGAUGACGACGAGGAGGAGGACGAAGAAGAAGAAGAGGAAUCCGGUGGAGGCCCCGAGUCCCCUAGUCCCGGCGGCGGUUAUCAGUAUCUGCCCUUGAGUCAGGAGCCUGGGCCUGGGGGCGCUGCCGAGCCCGACAUCGGGGAGCGGCUGCAGGAAUUGCGACUUUAUCUCCCUGAAGCACCAGCGGACAGUGACGAGGAGGAGGAAGAGGGAGCAACUCCAAGCAGUCGGCAGUCUAUACCCAUGGACCCAGAACAUGUGGAAUUGGUGAAGAGGACCAUGGCUGCAAUCAAGAUCCCAAGCCUGGGAGUCCCAUCGUGGGCCCAAGAAAUCUCUGAUGAACAGUGGCAGUCU